UGUUACUUAUGAUGGUCAAUGUGUUCCGAUUAUAUUUCUACUGAAUGAUGGGUCCAACAAGGAAAACCUAAGGCUAGGGUUUUGAGAUUUGGAGGAUGGAUGGUAGGGUUUGUUGCCGCAAUGCUCCGGGCUGAGGUGGAGUAGCUUGAUUGGCGGCGGUCCAAGGAGGAAGCUUGGUGGUCGGCGGUGAUCCGAGGACAAUUUGUCACUCCUGGGACCUGCAAGAAAAAUCCAGUCACCGUAGAUUCUCCGGUGGAUGAUCCUUUCAUGCUUAAGUUAGCCGAAGCUUUGGGAAUAGUGAGGAAGAAUCUGGCAAGAGAGUAGUGUUUCUCAGCCCAAAAAAGCUUAUUGGAGGGUCUUCUGUAUAUCCUUUUAUGGAGGGCAGAAAUGUACGUUACCUUGAAUGUUGGUAGCUGUUGUGGAGAAUCAUUGGCCAUGAUGCAUCGUGGGAAGUGGAUGAUUAAUGGCACUAACUGUUGGGAAUAAUUGCCCGUCAUUUGAGGGACGUGGUGCUGGCCCGUAUUCUCCUUGUAACGGCAGUGUCUCUAGGUCUUCUAUAGUUGUCGGCUCAAAUCUGACCAAAAGAUCGAUUGUUGCAUGACGGAAUCCUCGGCACAUAGCUGAGGACGAUGUCUAUAAGUGGAGUGUGAUGCGGUCGUCUACUUCCUUCUAGCUCUCGGGGAUCUGAAUUGGGGCUGUAGUGGCAAGGGUCCUCUCACAGGAGUAGGACAUGCAGAUAAUGCAUACCACCAAGGUCCUCCUCGAUGUUGAAAGAGCAGGACAUCCAGAUUAUGCUUGUCAUCAAAAUCCUCCUCGGUGCAGAAAAAGCAGGACAUCCAGAUGAUGCUUGCUACCAGUGUCUACUGAAGGAUCUCGGUUAUUGGCCGAUGUAUAUUUCCGCGGAUGAGCGCCAAAGACAAUGGCCAAGAAAAGCUGGGCUACCAGUUGGUUACAAGGGAUGCCAAUUCCACAGAGUAAUCAAGGAUUUUAUGAUCCAAGCGGGUGAUUUUGUGAAGGGUGAUGGCAGUGGAUGUGUAAGCAUCUAUGGAAGCAAGUUUGAGGAUGAAAAUUUCAUUGCAAAGCAUACAGGUCCUGGCCUACUAUCAAUGGCAAACAGUGGACCAAAUACUAAUGGCUGUCAGUUCUUUAUAACUUGUGCAAAAUGUGACUGGCUUGAUAAUAAACAUGUGGUUUUUGGGAAAGUGCUGGGAGAAGGCCUUCUGGUUGUCAGGAAGAUUGAAAAUGUUGCUACCGGACCCAACAAUCGGCCAAAGCUUGCAUGCGUCAUAGCUGAAUGUGGUGAGAUGUAAUAACAUAUCGAGCGUAUAGCUUCCAUUGUCUGGAUAUUCUAACAGGAUUUCUAUAGCUUAUUGCUGUGAAGAAUUAUUAGCAAAGGAGAGUAGGUUUAUUUCUGUCUGAAACUAGCAAAAAAGAACACCAAGCUAUGAAUCAACAGGAUGCAAGAGUGCAUUGAAGAGCUUUUGUUCCUGCAAUUUGUACCUUUUAAAUGGAAAUAUAGAUAAAUCUUGGAGGGUUCAAAUAGUGACAAUAUAUUUUCUUUUA